GCCACAAAUAGUUUGGAAAGACGCAAAACAUCGGCGGAAAUGAUUAGCGAAGCCAAGUCCAUGUUAGCGGAGAUUUCGACCAAAGUAAUGCAUAGCGGCAGUGAUGGCGGCGGCAACAACAACAGCAAUCGCACAGGAAUCGGUGGUGUGCGAGUGGUCAGCACGCGUCGUCCCGUCACGCCACGUGAGCCUGGACGCGCGCUCUACGGCAAGGUCGCGUUGGCCGGAAGACCGCCAAGCGCAUUUUCUUUACGUUAUUUGCAAAACGAGAAUCAACGACAUGCGCCUAUGACCCCUUCACUGGAACCCAUACCGGUUCACCAACAGGAAGUCAAUGAACCAAAUGGAAAUGACUUUGCAAAAGAAGCCGCAGAAGAAGCACAAGCUAAGCGACGCACUUCAAGGCGUUCGAAUUCGUGGGAUGCGCGUUGUGAUGUUACUGAAGGAAAUAUUGGAGGAGGCGGUGGCGUGGGUAAAGGUGGCGCGAAUGGUCAAGCAAAACAAAUGCCAAGAAAGUUACCCGCCCUCGAGGUUAGAGGCGUCGCGUUAGAAGCGAAGCAACGCUCCGAUGCUGUCACGAAUAGGGAACGCUACAAAAAUGCCCAGGGUAGCAGCGAGAAUAGCUCUCUGGAUAUGAGUGGAUCCAAUACGGCGAUCAAUAUUUUAUGCUCACGCAAAUUUCAGCAACGCAAUUGUCAUUUAUUGGCACAAUCACCCACUGAGAAGCUGAUAGGUCUGCUGAAGGAGCACGCAGGCCUCAAGGAAUGCAGUGAGGAGACUGCAAAUCAUAUUAAUUCGAUCCUUGCCGAGCUCUAUAUGCGCGUGCGCAAAAAUGAGAAGCACUACAAGCGCGGUUUUAUAUUAGGCGGCCUUUAUGGCUUGGUGGAGUGUUCGUCACCGAAAAUUUUACUAGGCGUCGCACGCGUGGUACUUGCGCUACGCGUCACCGGCAGCAACUUAACUGGCGCCUGUAAGCUCAUUUUCAAAGUGGCACGCAAUGAGUUGAACGAUCAACUUUUCCACGACAACGACCUACUCGACCUGUUAAUCGAUGGUUUGGGACGCGCCAGUCCGCUAGACGAUCCCGAGGCAUGUAUUUAUGGCUAUGGUUCUAUACGUUUUCUCACCACCAGCACUGGACAAGAGCGUGGUGCCGAAGUGCUGAUGCAAAGCAAAGACACAAAUCGUAGUUGGACUGAGUGUUUGGAAUUGCCACGCAAACCAGCAACGGCUCCGGCACCAGGCACCGAUACAAAGCAGGCGCUGGAACAAUCCCAGCAAGAUCGUUAUCAGAAAUUAAGCAAACAGAAUACGCUGGUCGAACGUCUGGCUCGGCACGGCGCUGUCGAGUUGAUGGUAUUGCAUUUACAAAUACUGAAUGAAGCAGGUGCAACACAAAAGCUAACCGGUCCACCGUUGCACUCGCUGUAUCAAUUGUCUGCCGCAUUGCGUGCAUUAUCCGAUGUGCAACAGACGACGCAUUCAUUCGAGAAGGACCUAAAUGCUACGGGAUGCAAUGAAUGGUCGGCAGAAGAUGUGGGCACGGCGAGGCAACAACAGAGCAUACAAUUGGAAUUGGCGUGCCCGCAUUUGGUGCGUGCCGCGGAGGUGGCCACUGGCGAGUUGGAGGUGCAAGCGAACAUCGUGCGCACACUGAGUGUGCUAUCCGAAGACAGCGAUUGCUGUCAUGUUUUAGUCAACUAUACGGCGCGUAUUGGCAUGCUGCUGGGUCCGUGCUGUGAGAUCUUUGAUAAUGCCUCUGAAAAAUUGCUGUCAUUAUUCAGUCGACUGGGCUACAUACUUGGCAAUAUAAUGGCUAAAUACGACAAUGCACGGGUGCAGUUCUAUCACAACGACGUGGCCAUGCAGUAUUUGCUACGUGUGCUGGAGCUUUACUCAAAGGAGCCGCUGACGCUGCACAACUCACUCGGCGACACCGUGAUCGAUGUGCUCGUCAAAAUGAUACGCGUCGUCGCAAAUAUGAGCGUCAACACCGAGGUGGGCAUCGGUUUGGGCAAUAUGCAUAAUCUGGGCGUUAUUAUGUUGAAUCUAUUGAAUGCCAUAACGCACAUGAAGGCCAUACAAUUGAAAAGCGAUCUGCAGGAAUUGUUGCAUGCCACACUAGGCGCACUGCACAAUCUGUGCUUCUAUCAGGAGCAGAACAGCACACCGGCACAAGUGUUGGCCGCCAAAGGUUCAUUGCAGUGUGUGAUCGGCGAUUUGGCCACAGCACUUUACUAUGCGCUCAAGACGUGUCGCGAUGAUGCAUCACAGGUGGAGACGGCGCGCGUUUUGGGCAAUUUGACACGCAACGACAAGGCACGUCGCUACUUCUGCCGCAACGGCGGACUAACGUUGGUAGUGAAACAGCUGUCCGCGGGCACUGCCAGUCAGGCGUACGACUUCAAGGCCUGUGCCAUUGGCGUGCUCGUUAACUUGCUGGGCGAUGCGGAGAAUCGUGCACCAUUCAUGCAACACAAAGGCGCCGAAUUGUUGUACACACUGCUCGCGGCGGCAUUGCAGGAGGAGGAUUGGUUUUUGGCUACGAUUAUUUGUCAGGCGUUGUGGAAUUUGCUAAUCGACGCCAACAAUGUGGCGGACGUGUGUCAGGAGCAAGUGUUGGAUGAUGUUUGUGAUUUGUUGGUCGACUAUUUGGAUGAGGAACGCUUGUUUGAGCAUAGCACACGACCGGACGUGAUUUGGGAGGGCUUUGCAGUUGUCGCAACCGACUUAUUGGAACGCAUACAGGCGAGCUACGAUAAACAAGAGCAAGAGGAAGCCGAAGCCGAAGCUGAGAAGCAAAAGCAACAACAAAAAUCGAUUGUGAGGAGUGAAAAGAACAACGCCGGCGAGGAAGAUGAUGCUAACGAAGAUGAAGAUGAUGAUGUUUACAUUGAAGAAAUGUGAGCUUUAAACAUGAGAUAAAUGUGUAUAAGCAGUAAAUAAAUAA